GCGCGAGAACAGGACAGUGUAGCUUUCCGCAAUUAAUACACACGCAUGAUAGGCUACAGCUAACAGUUCACUUUAGAUAGCCUUGCUAAUCAGACUGCGCCGGAGGGGCCAUGCGCUCUGCUGGUGUGCUGGUGCGCAAUAACGAACGGCUCUGCUGUCCAACUUAACAACUCAUCACACGGAUUUAACGGUCAGUGAAACGUCCGGGUUUCCCCAUACGACUGUAUUAUGUUCUUUCAGGUGCUAACGAGGCUUUAAACCUCGCUUCAGACGACAUGCACGAAGGUGGUGGAUAACGCAAACUGAACGGUUCGCCCUGGAUGAUUGUGUCCAUAUAGACGCGCUAUGGAUUUGCUCUGAUUGCUGAUUUUCCAAUCCAGUCCAGCCCGAUCCAGCAGUUUUCCCUCGGCGAAUGGCUGCGACAGGCGUUUCGAGGCUUGCGAACAUUCCCAGGAAAACUAUUUGCUGAAGCUAUUUUAUACGGAGGGGAUUAUCUCCAAGGCUAAAGGUGAGGAAUAAUAAUUUUAAUAAACCAACAACAACAAAAAAAACUUCACCUCGCUUGUUGGUUAUUUGUGUGCGCUGUGUAUGGACAGAGAGCCGCGCAACUAUGGAGCACACGGGCAUCGAAGAGGUGAACCAAACCCACCAGCAGCACGAGCCCAUCAGCUUCGGGAUCGAUCAGAUACUUAACAACACGGAGCAGCCGAGCAGCUGCAUGGUGCCGAGCCGUGCCAGCGAGCCGGACUACCCGCUCUACGCCAACGGCUACAACGGUGUGUACAGCCCGGCCUGCUCCAUGGCGCCGGGCCUGGCCGGCUCCUACAACGUCAAUAUGAACAUGAACGUGAGCAUGAACAUGAACGUGAACGUUAGCUCGGGGAACGCGGGGGGAGUGAUCCGCGUGCCCGCGCACAGGCCCAUGCCCCCCGCGCCUCACCAUCCACCGUCCGCACACCCAGCCGGUCUCGCGGCCGGACUGCCCACCGUGCCCACAGUGCCCAGCAUGGGCAGCCCGUCCAGCUUCACGUUCCCCUGGAUGGAGAGUAGCAGGAGAUUCGCCAAGGACAGACUCACCGCUGCGCUCUCUCCGUUCUCCGUCACGCGGCGGAUCGGUCACCCUUACCAGAACCGCACUCCGCCCAAGCGGAAAAAGCCGCGCACCUCCUUCAGCCGCGUGCAGAUCUGCGAGCUGGAGAAGCGCUUCCACCGGCAGAAGUAUCUGGCGUCCGCGGAGAGAGCCACGCUCGCUAAAGCGCUGAAGAUGACGGACGCGCAGGUUAAGACCUGGUUCCAGAACAGAAGGACAAAAUGGAGGAGACAGACGGCGGAGGAGCGAGAGGCGGAGAGGCAGCAGGCCAACCGUUUAAUGCUUCAGCUCCAGCAGGAGGCCUUCCAGAAGACGCUGAGCCAACCCCUCCAGCCGGACCCCCUCUGCCUCCACAACUCGUCCCUCUACGCCCUGCAAAACUUACAGCCCUGGGCAGAGGACAACAAGGUGACCUCCGUCACCUCUGUCGCAUCCGUGGUCUGACCCACGCCUGCCAUUUGUGUUUUUUUUAAUGAGAAAGGCAAAAAAAAGAGAAAAAGAUGGAUUUUAUAAUCAGGGUUUAAUAGGAUUAAGGGAACAUUUUGGGUGGAUCUCAGACACACUCAUUUAUUCGGACUGGUUUCCAGAGCCUUUAUUCUAAGCCAUAAUUUAAAGCUAUUUAUUUUGCUGAGCUCUAGCUGGGAUCUCAGUUCACACAGUCCUGAUCCUCGUGUUCUUUUUCCAGUCAUAUAUAUCUAUUAUAUAUGGAAAGAAUCUAGUUAUUUACAGGCUUUAUUUUCUAUGAGGGUGUGGAUUUGACUUCCUCUUCUUAAUGAGAUAAUUCUGUCUGGGAAGAAUUGUGGGGGAGGUCAGUGACAAAUGAGUAUGUUGUGCAUUUCUUCAUUCCCAAAUGGACUGUAACAGAAGUUGAAAAAGAAAUAAACCCACAUAAAAAAGGCAAAACAAAACAAACACACACAACCUUUGCUCAUAAAUGUUGUUGUUCCCACCUGAAUCCGGUCAUGUGUUCCAACCCUUACCCUCCGUUUUCGCUCCUCUUCCUUCAGCUGCCUGUCUAACAGAGGGGCGGGACCGCGUUGUCCCUUGCGACCCGAAACCCCGCGGAGCAGUACGAUGAAUUUCACCAAUCAAGACGGCCGUUUGUCUACGUGCCGCGUGGCACCGGCGAGAUCCACGCAGCCACUGACUCGUUUGUUCUUGUUGUUUUGCUUUGAACUCUGUAAGAUGUGUUUGUGAUGCAUGUUGACCGCGUCUCCUGCGCAUACACCGGGACUGAAGACUUGCAGGAGUCUUUCCUCCUCACCUGAACUUUGCAAGCAAUUACGGACGCGAUCCCUAUGUAUACCUUCAUGACAUUUAAAGUCGUUUUAUAUUAAACAUGAUUGUGACUUCUAACAAAA